GCAUACCAUGGGGGAGGGAGGGCCGCCGUGCAGCAGGAACUGUGCAGACACACACUCUCUCACACACACACACACACACACACACGGGGAAUCCAGGGACGGCAGCCCCCUUGCACCAGGAUCUAGAACCACAGCGGAAAACAGAGUGAAAAAGGAAAGCACUCGAAUAAAGCAACACAAUGGCAGAUAAAAUUAAAGAUGCUAAGAUUAUCUUCGUUGUGGGUGGACCAGGCUCUGGUAAGGGCACCCAGUGUGAGAGGGUGGUGGCUAAGUACGGCUACACCCACCUGUCCUCUGGGGAUCUGCUCCGGGCUGAGGUGUCCUCUGGCUCCGAAAGAGGGAAGCAGCUCCAGGCCAUCAUGCAGAAGGGAGAGCUCGUACCCCUGGACACAGUCUUAGACAUGAUUAAGGACGCCAUGAUCGCCAAGGCUGACGUUUCCAAAGGCUUCCUUAUUGAUGGCUACCCCCGUGAGGUGAAGCAGGGCGAGGAGUUCGAGAAGAAGAUCGGUAAACCCUGCCUGCUGCUGUACAUUGAUGCCAAAGCCGAGACAAUGGUCCAGAGGCUGUUGAAGCGCGGUGAGACCAGCGGACGUUCAGAUGAUAACGAGGAGACCAUCAAGAAGCGCCUGGACUUGUACUACAAAGCAACAGAGCCCGUCAUCGCCUUCUAUGAAGGCCGUGGCAUCGUCAGGAAGAUCGACUCGGAGCUGCCAGUGGAGGAGGUCUUCGGCCAAGUCUCCAAGGCUAUUGAUGCACUGUAGUAAAACAACAGAACUGGAACUGUGUCUGGUUGUUGCUCUGUUCUGUUUGUAACGUCCUCAGUGUCAUUUUCAUAAGGACCAGAAAAAACACAGUUCUCAAUUAUCUUGGUCAAACAACUCAAGGCCAUUAAGGAUUACAUAUGCCUUAAAUCUGCUGCGAACCCAGCAAUAACAAUAUAUACCUGUUGUUUAACACAUACAACUAAGAAGCAUCAGUAAGUCAAUGUGUUCAAUGUGUUUUAGUCGUGCUGAACAUUAGUCUAAGUGACAUCUUAAAAGACAUAAGGCUGUAAUUUAAAGAGAGAUGUCUGAGUGGAAGUGUGAAGCAUUUUCUAACCUUUGAUGCACAACGCUCACUCUGGAGCAAAACUGCACUUUACAGUCUUUGUCUCUCUAAUUGAAUCCAUUUACACUGCACAAGUAAUGGGGAAUAGUAAUUAUUUCUGCCUUUUAACGAAGGCUGAAAUCAUUCACUGUGGAUACACUGGUGAACCUCUGUAUCUCACUUUAAUUUAUAAUCUUUGAAAUUACUUGUCAGAACCAGUGUGGACUUGAUAUGCAUACAUUUUUUAUGAUUAAUCUAUUUACAAUUAUUUUUAAGACCGAAACAUGUUUCUUCAAUAUGUACACAUAUAACACAGUAUAUGUAAGGAAUUAAAAUAUACUACUAAUAAAGGGAAACCAUGUGUAA